UCGUGGAGCUCGAGUCCAGAGCGUUCGGACGAUGAGUCGUUGGAGGAAGAAACCGGCUCGUCGGCUCUUUGGGAUUCAGUCAACCGAAACGACAACCCAGAUUUGGGCGGGGAAGGGGGGAAAGGUUGGCUGGGUGAAAUCGAGCCUCAUCCGAGACGUCGUGACGGGACGGCCUUGCCGACCGACCCAAAACCGCUUCAGAUCGGCCUCUCCGAAUCGUGAAGCAGAGGAUCAGCACAAGUCCUGA